AUGGUGGUCGUUUCCUCUUCAUCGUCGUCGUCGUCGUCGUCGUCGUCUAAAAUCACCGCCAGUAUUCGUAAGAUAGACGCUAUUUUGGAUCGGAACGACUUUGACGUCUGCGCUUCUUCUUUGUCUUCUUCUCUCGCGCUAAGAAAGAAGGCGGCGAGUAAAAAUGUUGUAAAAAGAACAACGAACACACCGUCGCCUUCGUUGCGAUGCGUGAGCUCACAAACGCGCGAUUGGCUCGCGAAGAGGAAGAAAGUGGUGAAACGAACGCUCACGGACUCGAAAAGAGCGCAGUUGCAAGAACUGUUCUCGGCGCUCGAUUCCGACGGCGGUGGGGAAGUUGAAUUCGAAGAGUUUGCGUUAGCGUGGAAAAUGAUGGCGGGAGACCGAGAGGAAUCGGCGACGAUUGCAAGGAGAGCGUUUAAGGAAAUCGACGUCGAUGGGAACGGGACGAUGGAUUUUGAGGAGUUUGCGAGGUUAAUGUUGGAUUUGGAGGAUGGGAGAGGGGCGGUGACGUCCGCGGCGAACGAUCCGACGUGCGGCGCGAUGUUAGCGAGGUCGGCGAGGUCCUUGAGAACGAGGAAGGUAGUGGAUGAGUUCAUCGAGACGUUUAGCAAGAACGACGAUAAAUAUAACGCGUGGUUUAACGAAGAAGAAGAAGAUGACGACGGCGAAGAGGAGAAUACCGGGGUUAGCGAUAAAGGGGUAGAAAUGAACACUCGGACGACUCCUCUUGCCGACGCGUCGCGAAAACAAAGUUUCCUCCUUCCCGCCGGUGCCGGCGAGGACCAGUCUCCGUCAACGUACCGACGACGAAACAGCAGCAUCACCCCCGGUAUCGUCAAACGCAAAAUGUCUCUCGCCGAUAUGUGCGCUCCGGAAGACCUGCUCCGAAAAAUCCGAAACAACCGAGAAUACGAGCGCAGGAAAACGCAACACCGGCUGGAAGUUUUCGAACAGAUGGAAAAGCGAAGACGCGAGACGGUCAAAGUGAACAUGUUGGACCAAGAGUUAAAAGAAAUGGACGAGCUUUUGACCAAAGUCGCAGAGAAUACUACUCACGCUCUCCUCGUCGUCGUGUGA